UGAAGUCAGAGCCGGGCGUGAGCCAAUGCGGUCGGGAGGCGGGGCUCCGUUAUAUGUAGAAAGAGCCCGGGGGAUUGUCACGGCAAUCUCCGCGUCUGACGUGCGGCGCAUUUGCCGGAGUUUUCAGGCGCAGUGUACGCCGGUGCCAUGAGCUACACAGGCUUUGUCCAGGGAUCUGAAACCACUUUGCAGUCAACGUACUCAGACUCCAGUGUUCAGCCCACCUGUGAUUAUGGAUAUGGAACUUGGAACUCUGGGACAAACAGAGGCUACGAUAACUAUGGUUAUGGCUAUGGCUAUGGCCAGGAUAACACCACCAACUAUGGGUACGGUAUGGCCACUUCAAACUCUUGGGAAAUGCCUAGCUCUGACACAAACGCAAACCCUAGUGCUGUGGGUAGCACCAGUGCUGAUUCCGUUUUGUCCAGAAUUAACCAGCGCUUAGAUAUGGUGCCGCACUUGGAGACAGACAUGCUACAAGGAGGCGUGUACGGCUCAGGUGGAGAAAGAUACGAUUCCUACGAGGCCUGUGACUCGAGGGCCGUCCUGAGUGAGCGUGACCUUUACCGGUCGGGCUACGAUUAUGGCGAACUUGACCCUGAGAUGGAAAUGGCCUACGAAGGCCAGUACGAUGCCUACAGAGACCAGUUUCGCAUGCGUGGCGGCGACACCUUUGGCCCACGGGCUCAGGGCUGGGCCCGGGACUCCCGGAGUAGCCGGCCAAUGGCCUCAGGCUAUGGGCGCAUGUGGGAAGACCCCAUGGGGGCCCGGGGCCAGUGCAUGCCUGGUGCCUCCCGGCUGCCCUCCCUCUUCUCCCAGAACAUCAUCCCGGAGUAUGGCAUGUUCCAGGGCAUGCGUGGUGGGGGUGCCUUCCCAGGCGGCUCCCGCUUUGGCUUCGGGUUUGGCAAUGGCAUGAAGCAGAUGAGGCGGACCUGGAAGACCUGGACCACAGCUGACUUCCGGACCAAGAAGAAGAAGAGAAAGCAAGGCGGCAGUCCUGAUGAGCCAGACAGCAAAGCCUCCCGAACCGACUGCUCAGACAACAGUGACUCGGACAAUGAUGAUGGUACCGAGGGAGAAACUGCAGAUGGCACUGAAGGUGCAGACGCUGUGGAAAAAGGCUGCAGAGCGGAAGGAGAAGAUGAAGAGGGAAAAGAGGAGGGGAAGGAAGAUGGCAAAGAGGAUGCAGACAAGGGGUCCCUGAAUGCCCAGGAUGAAAGUGGCCAGACAAAGCACAAGUUACAGGCAGGCAAGAAGAGCCAGGACAAACAGAAGAAGCGGCAGCGAGACCGCAUGGUGGAAAGGAUCCAGUUUGUGUGUUCACUCUGCAAGUACCGAACCUUCUAUGAGGAUGAAAUGGCCAGCCACCUUGACAGCAAGUUCCACAAGGAGCACUUUAAGUACAUAGGCACCAAGCUCCCCAAGCAGACGGCUGACUUUCUGCAGGAGUACGUCACCAACAAGACUAAGAAGACAGAGGAGCUCCGAAAAACUGUGGAGGACCUUGAUGGUCUGAUCCAGCAGAUCUAUAGAGACCAGGAUCUGACACAAGAAAUUUCCAUGGAGCAUUUUGUGAAGAAGGUUGAGGCAGCCCACUGUGCAGCCUGUGACCUCUUUAUUCCCAUGCAGUUUGGGAUCAUCCAGAAGCAUCUUAAGACCAUAGAUCACAACCGGAAUCGCAGGCUCAUGAUGGAGCAGUCUAAGAAGUCCUCCCUCAUGGUGGCCCGCAGCAUCCUUAACAACAAGCUCAUCAGCAAGAAGCUGGAGCACUACCUGAAGGGCGAGAACCCUUUCACCGACAGCCCUGAGGAGGAGAAGGAACAGGAGGAGGCCGAGGGCAGCGCCCUGGGUGUGGGGCCAUUGAUCGAAGUGGCAGGAAGCACGGAGAGUGCCGAGAGCACGCAGGCGCAGCCCCCGGUGCCCCCGGAACCGGCCCCUGGCGCCACGUCCCCACCACCGCCGCCGCCACCCCCCGAGGAAGACGAGGAGGCCGUGCCCCUGCUAGGCGGGGCGCUGCAGCGCGAGAUCCGUGGCAUCCCCGGCCUCGACGUGGAGGACGACGACGAGGAGGGCGGCGGGGGCCCCCCGUGACCAGGGUCAGGGCUGGGCUGGACGCACGUAAUGGAGGCUGGAAGCCGAGCUUAAUAAAGUUACUCCCACCCCGC